AUAUAUACGACGCAGAUAAAAUUAUAAAUGAAAUUUUAUUCCAAAGUUUAAAGAUUGUAUAUAGAUAAUUCGGUUAUUAUGCCUUUUGCAUGAAUAAUUGAAGGUCACCCGGUAUAAAUCCAUUUGUUCCGCAGCGUCUCUUCGUGUUUUUUUGCUGUUAAAGGGACUAUUAAGAGAAAUAUGCGUGUCUACGCUUUUUGAGAAAAGAGUGAAUACAAGGCCAACAAAAGACCAGGAUCUUUAGAAACAAAGAAGACUUUUAGAGUGAGCGAGAAUCGUCGUGCCAUAAAAAAUCAUGGCAUACGUGGCAGUCCCGAUGGGAGAGAUGCAGGCUUCGCCAGAAAAUCAAGAAAAUCAUAAAGCUACGAACGGAUUUGAAUUUUUGCAACUACCUCAGCUACCGCUUGGACAGAUAGGCUACCCUCAAGCCCAUGACUGGAUUGAACACAGAAAAGCGAAUAUUCGGCCGUGGUCAUUGUUCCUUAACACAAACAACAUUAGGCCACCGCCAAGUAUAAGCAGACUGAGCAAGCGAAUUGUGAAGAACAUUGAAUAUUUCCAGAGCAAUUACCUGUUUGUGUUUAUUGGACUCGUCAUAUAUUGCUUAAUUACCUCACCUCUAUUGCUGCUGACGGUCGUUGGUUCUCUUGGAAUAUGUUACAAACUGUCUCAGCGGCAUGCAAGGCAAGAAUUGAUGGUACUGAAUCAUAGAUUAACUCUCGCACAAGUGUAUUCUCUAGUUGGAAUCUGUUCACUGCCCAUAUUUUUCCUCGUUGGGGCUCACGCGGUUGUUUUUUGGGUACUUGGGGUCUCUUGGUUUAUGAUAACACUCCAUGCUGCCUUUUAUAACAUUGACGCAGUACUGUGCCCAGGAGAGGAGGAACUCAAUGCAUUAGUUAUGCAAGAAGUAUGAUUACAAAACGCUUAACUUACCAUUAAAAGAAUAAUUAAUCCUUCAAUCUCUCUAAAAUAUUCAGGAUAAUACAGAAAUUAUAUACAAUUAUAUAUUAUUUAAUAAUUUGAUAAAUGUUACUUCCUGUACAUAAUGUGUGUAUAUAUAUAUAUAUAUAUAGAUUUAUAUAAACAAGUUAUAUCAAAAAUAGAUCUGUUCAUGUAAAGCUACAUAUCUCAAUAAUAAGUAUUUUAAAUACAUUGCAAACUUGUUUAUAGAAUGAUAAGCACAUCGCCAAAUAGAGUAUAUUUCUUGUAUAAAUCUUUAAUUAUAUUAUAUGAUGUAAAGAUGAUAGGUUUGUAUUUGUAUGAGGAAUGUAUAACAUUUUUAUAAUUCACUCAAAUUAGUAACAGCAUUUGAAAAAUGAUGUAAGUUGGACUCUUUGUACACGAAUUUUAAAUAAACUUCCAAAUUACAAAGUAACGCUGCAAUAAAA